AUGGCGUCGCUCAUCCCGCCAAAGAAGCCGCGCAAGCCGGGCAUGCCAAAACUGUCCAUCCCGGCAAGGCCGUCGUCCUCUUCGUCCGCCCCUCCGGGGUCAUUUCAACGGGACGACGCUUCAUCUGAUGCCGCUGCUGCCGCUGCAAGGCCACAGCCGGGACAUCCGUCUCAACGACCACAGCCUUCGCUCAUGAUACCACAGGCGUCCUCCUCCUCGACAUCAUCGCUCGGCGGUCACGCAUACCAGGACGAAGGCUACGAAGAUGGUCAUCCGGGCAUCUACAACACUACGACUUCCACCAUCUAUCCGGACACCGUGCCGCACCUCACGAAUGCGCAGAUGCACACCGCCAUUACAGACGAUCUGCGGCGUGCGAUAGGUGGCCUGUCCAUGGCCGACUCUGACGGCGAACGGCUCGAUGCCAACGGGCUCCGUAUACCGGUCACAGGCGGCAAAAGCUCGUCCAACGGAUACUGGAUAUCCAACGACUCGAGUGCUGCCGGCGGCGGGGUCAGCAGCAGCACGGAUCACGGCGAAGCGAACGGCGCGGACGGAGCAUCAUCGCACCCGUCACAAUAUCGUGCAAGGACCGACUCGAGUGCGUCGGUCGCUUCGACGCGAGGCAGCAAUCAAGGCGGACACGACGACGAGCUUGUCUUGGCAGGCAACUUUGAGAUGCUCUCGAGGCUCGGCGAAGGCGCCAGCGGAGAAGUGCACAAGGUUCGACAUCGUCCAACGGGUCUCAUCAUGGCCAAAAAGACCAUCUCCACUUCGCCCAAUCCGGCGAUUCACCGUCAGAUCCUUCGUGAGCUCGCCUUCAAUCGCUCGUGCCACUCAGACUACAUCGUGCGUUACUACGGCGCCUUUCUCGAGGAACAAGACACCUCGAUCGCCAUCUGCAUGGAGUAUGCAGAGGCAGGCUCGCUCGAUGCCAUCUACAAAAAGGUCAAGAGCCGCAACGGCCGCACAGGAGAAAAGGUGCUGGGCAAAGUGGCCGAGUGCGUGCUCAAAGGACUGAGCUACCUGCACGAACGCAAGAUCAUCCACCGCGACAUCAAGCCGAGCAACAUCGUCGUCACACGCCAGGGUCAGAUCAAAUUGUGCGAUUUUGGCGUCUCCGGUGAGCUGAUCAACUCGGUCGCCGGCACGUUCACCGGAACAAGCUUCUACAUGGCGCCAGAGAGGAUCCGAGGAUUGGCGUACACGAUCACGUCGGACGUGUGGUCGCUUGGUCUGACGAUUCUGGAAGUGGCUAGCAACCGAUUCCCAUUUCCCGCCGAAGGUGAGCCGCCAUUGGGACCGAUCGAUUUGCUCUCUUAUGUGGUCAAUAUGAAGGUGCCCGAACUGCAGGACGACGAAAAGGCGGGUGUGAAAUGGUCUCGGGCUCUUCGCGACUUUAUCGAACGAUGCCUAGAGAAAGAACCCACCAAGCGACCGGGACCUCACAAGAUGAUCAGCCAUCCCUUCAUUCGCAAAUCCGAGACGCGACAGCCGCAACCGGACAUUGCCAAGUUUGUAGCUGAUGUCUACGGCUGGAGCUACCUACCGAGCUCGAUCGCCAACCAACAGGAGCAGACUCCGACGCAGGCGACUUCCAAGAGCGGUUCGCUGGGCAGGAUCCCAAGCGUUCGCUCUGCCCCUGUCGCGGCGACGGCCCUGGCAGCCGUGAUGAGCGACGCCUCAACGACCACACCGGUGCCACAAGGGACUGCGAUGGCGAAAACUUUGCAGCCCGACGCUGUGCCAUCCACCACGCUCAUGCCCACGUCUACAGGAGCAGCGAGCGACAGGCCGCGCACUGUUCCAAAGAUCUCGGUCGCCAUUGAUGGGCAAAGGCUUUCGCAGCCUCCCACUGCAGCGAUGGGCGAUACAGCGUCUCCUCACGUCGCCUCUUUCCCUCCAAUUUCCAGGCCUCUGGGCGAUCAUCGAAGUCAAGAAGAGCGUCUGGCAGCUAGGAUGCGAGAGGCGGACGUUGGGUUGGUGGGAAGUCCUACCACGACUCCCGAUGAGGAUGAGGUUGGGCACGCUUAG